AUGCCUCCGGACUCUUGCCAGGAGGUCUUAAUUCCUAUGGCCAAAGAGCCCAGAUUCUCCACGCUGGCACCUUGGGACUUUGUCAGUCCCCUAAGGAACCUGCAGCCGGAUCGGCAGGUAGCAGGAGGAAGACCCCCUUGGCUGCUUCUCUCUUGUCUCCUCCAUGUGGUGAAGGGGAAAGACCAGCCAUGCAGCCAGCUCAGGCUGGAAGGAGAAGAAGAGCCGUUUCUCCUGAUCUCGGGGGCAGAAGAGGGAUUGGCAGUCUGCGUGGACAUUGGCUAUACUUUUGAUGUGUUCAAUUCUGACCAAGGCUGGAUGACCUUCCUCCCAGGAGGCUUGUGGAGGUCAGCAAAUGAAACAUCUGAGCAUCCAGCGAUGGAUAAAGGGGAUAUAUAUUCAGAUGCGAAAGGGAAGGUCGAAAAUUCUGAUACCCUGCGGAAGGAGGGGAGAAAACAUCCAUCUAAAGGAAGGAAUCAUUCUGGUCUUUUGCGAGGUGAAAAUGAACUUGAAAUCCCAUUACUUGAAAAAAUGUACCUAGAAGGCAAUCGAAAUGAGGGCACAGCAAGUGGGGAAAAUUUUUCUGAAAACUCAGAUGUUAGCAUGUAUUGGAAAACAUAUAAGAGAAAGAAAAAAUAUAAAUGGCUGCAGCGUGGAAAAAUCUUCAGGCAGAGUGGACACCUUAAUUCCCAGCAAAGAAUUAACACAGGGGAGAAACCAUAUAAAUGCCUGGAGUGCGGAAAAGGGUUCAGUGGGAGUGGAGCCCUUAAUUCCCAUCGAAGAAUGCACACAGGCGAGAAGCCGUUUAAAUGCCUGGAGUGUAGCAGCACAAAGACCCCCUUGGCUGCUUCUCUUUUGUCUCCUCCUAGUGGUGAAGGGGAAAGACCAGCCAUGCAGCCAGCUCAGGUGUCCUUCGAAGAGGUGGCUGUGCAUUUCUCCAAGGGGGAGUGGAGCCUGCUGAGCCCAGCGCAGAGAGCCCUGUACAAGGAAGUCAUGCUGGAGAAUUUUGGGAACGUGGCCUCUCUGGGACCUGAGAUUGCCAAAUGUGACCUCAUUUCCAGGCUGGAAGGAGAAGAAGAGCCGUUUCUCCUGGUCAAUGAUGCCGAAGAGGGAUUGGCAGUCUGCGUGGACAUUGGCUAUACUUUUGAUGUGUUCAAUUCUGACCAAGGCUGGAUGACCUUCCUCCCAGGAGGUUUGUGGAGGUCAGCAAAUGAAACAUCUGAGCAUCCAGCGAUGGAUAAAGGGGAUACAUAUUCAGAUGCGAAAGGGAAGGUUGAAAAUUCUGAUACCCUGCGGAAGGAGGGGAGAAAACGUCCAUCUACAGGAAGGAAUCAUUCUGGUCUUUUGCGAGGUGAAAACGAAAUUGAAAUCCCAUUGCUUGAAAAAAUGUACCUAGAAGGCAAUCAAAAUGAGGACACAGCAAGUGGGGAAAAUUUUUCUGAAAACUCAGAUGUUAGCAUGUAUUGGAAAACAUAUAAGAGAAAGAAAAAAUAUAAAUGGCUGCAGUGUGGAAAAAUCUUCAGGCAGAGUGGACACCUUAAUUCCCAUCAAAGAAUUCACACAGGGGGCGAGAAGCCGUAUAAAUGCCUGGAGUGUGGGAAGAGCUUCAGUCAGAGUGGACACCUUAAUUCCCAUCAAAGAAUUCAUACAGGGGAGAAACCAUAUAAAUGCCUGGAGUGUGGGAAAAGUUUCAGGAUUAAUGGACACCUUAAUUCCCACCAAAGAAUUCACACAGGGGAGAAACCUUAUAAAUGCUUGGAGUGUGGGAAAGCCUUUGGUUGGAGGGGAAACUUUACUCGCCAUCAAAGAACACAUACAGGCGAGAAACCAUAUAAAUGCCUGGAGUGUGGGAAAAGCUUCAGGAUUAAUGGACACCUUAAUUCCCACCACAGAAUUCAUACAGGGGAGAAACCUUAUAAAUGCUUGGAGUGUGGGAAAGCCUUCAGUUGGAGGGGAAACUUUACUCGCCAUCAAAGAAUUCAUACUGGGGAGAAACCAUAUACCUGCCUGGAAUGUGACAAAGCUUUCAGUAAUAGUCAAAGCCUGUCUCACCAUCAAAGAAUUCACACAGGAGGGGAAGCAUAUAAAUGCUUGGAGUGUGGGAAAAGCUUCAGUUGGAGGGAAAACCUUACUCGCCAUCAAAGAAUACAUACAGGGGAGAAACCUUAUAAAUGCUUGGAGUGUGGGAAAGGCUUCAGUAGGAGUGGAGCACUUAAUUCCCAUCUAAGAAUUCAUACAGGGGAGAAACCUUAUAAAUGCCCAGAGUGUGGGAAAGGCUUCAGUGGGAGUGGAGCCAUUAAUUCUCAUCAAAAAAUGCACACUGGCGAGAAACCAUAUAACUGCCUGGAGUGCGAGAAAAGCUUCAGUCAGAGUGGACACCUUAAUUCCCACCAAAGAUUUCACACAGGGGAGAAGCCUUAUAAAUGCCUGGAGUGUGGGAAAGCCUUCGUUUGGAAGGGAAACUUUACUCGCCAUCAAAGAAUUCAUACAGGUGAGAAACCAUAUGCCUACCUGGAAAGUGGCAAAGCUUUCAGUAAUAAUAAAAGCCUGUCUUACCAUGAAAGAAAUCACGCAGGAGGGAAAGCAUAUAAAUGUCCAGAGUGUGGAAAGGGAUUCCGUUGGAGUAGGGAUCUUAAUUCCCAUCGAAGAAUUCAUACAGGGGAGAAACCUUAUAAAUGCCUGGAGUGUGGGAAAAGCUUCAGUCAGAGGGAAAACCUUACUCGCCAUCAAAGAAUUCAUACAGGGGAGAAACCAUAUAAAUGCUUGGAAUGUGGGGAAAGCUUCAGACGUAAUGGACACCUUAAUUCCCACCAAAGAAUUCAUACAGGGGAGAAACCUUAUAAAUGCAUGGAGUGUGGGAAAAGCUUUGGUCGGAGGGGAACCCUUACUUGCCAUCAAAGAAUUCAUACUGGGGAGAAACCUUAUAAAUGCUUGGAGUGUGGGAAAAGCUUCAGUGGGAGGAGAAACCUUGCUCGCCAUCAAAGAAUUCAUACAGGAGAGAAACCAUUUAAAUGCCUGGAGUGUGGGAAACGAUUCAGGAUUAAUGGACACCUUAAUUCGCACCAAAGAAUUCAUACAGGGGAGAAACCAUAUAAAUGCAUGGAGUGUGGGAAAAGCUUUGGUCGUAGGGAAACCCUUACUUGCCAUCAAAGAAUUCAUACUGGGGAGAAACCUUAUAAAUGCUUGGAGUGUGGGAAAAGCUUCAGUGGGAGGAGAAACCUUGUUCGCCAUCAAAGAAUUCAUACAGGAGAGAAACCAUAUAAACGCCUGGAGUGUGGGAAAAGAUUCAGGAUUAAUUAACACCUUAAUUCACACCAAAGAAUUCACACAGGGGAGAAACCUUGUAAAUGCUUGGAGUGUGGGAAAAGCUUCAGUUUGAGGGGAAAUCUUACUCGUCAUCAAAGAACUCAUACAGGGGAGAAACCUUAUAAAUGCCUAGACUGCGGGAAAGGCUUCAGUGGCAGUGGAGCCCUUAAUUCCCAUCAAAAAAUGCACACUGGAGAGAAGCCGUAUAACUGCCUGGAGUGUGGGAAAAGCUUCAGUCAGAGGGAAAACCUUACUCGCCAUCGAAGAAUUCAUACAGGGGAGAAACCAUAUAAAUGCAUGGAGUGUGGGAAAAGCUAUGGUCGUAUGGAAACCCUUACUUGCCAUCAAAGAAUUCAUACUAGGAAGAAACCUUAUAAAUGCUUGAAGUGUGGGAAAAGCUUCAGUGGGAGGAGAAACCUUGUUCGCCAUCAAAGAAUUCAUACAGGAAAGAAACCAUAUAAAUGCCUGGAGUGUGGGAAACGAUUCAGGAUUAAUGGACAUCUUAACUCGCACCAAAGAAUUCACACAGGGGAGAAACCAUAUAAAUGUUUGGAGUGUGGGAAAGCCUUCGGUUGGAGGGGAAGCUUUAUGUACCAUCAAAGAAUUCAUACAAGGGAGAAACCAUAUACCUACCUGGAAUGUUGCAAAGGUUUCAGUAAUAAUCAAAUCCUGUCUUACCAUCAAAGAACUCAAACAGGAGGAAAAGCAUAUAAAUGUCCAGAGUGUGGGAAAGGAUUCCGUUUGAGUGGAGAACUUAAUUCUCAUCGAAGAAUUCACACAGGACCUGAGAUUGCCAAAUGUGACCUCAUUUCCAGGCUGGAAGGAGAAGAAGAGCCGUUUCUCCUGGUCAAUGAUGCCGAAGAGGGAUUGGCAGUCUGCCUGGACAUUGGCUAUGCCUUUGAUGUGUUCAAUUCUGGCCAAGGCUGGAUGACCUUCCUCCCAGGGUCUUGUUAA